ACAGGGCAAAACAAACUUCAAAUUUAUGAUUUUUUUUAACUCUAUUUAGCUGGAAAUUACGUGUUGGUAGACCUGGACAUUGGCUAGAUUUUUGUGUUUUGAUUAGUUAAGUAAUCAAUGAGCCUUAGGAUACCUUAUUAUUUGAGUUAAAUAAAAGAUCUUGAGAUAAAAAGCUUCAGUGGUCAACGAAAUGGCGACCUUUUCGGAUUCCACUAUUGAAAAAGGAAAUGACUGGGUCCAAGACUUUUUGUGUUCGUCGUGCGAAGAGGAGCAAUUGGAAGAAUCUGCUGAUUACUAUUGUGAUUCGUGUGUGAAGUUUUUCUGCCGAAAAUGUAUUCACAAGCACUGCAAUUUGUUUACCAAACAUUCCCCUCAUGGAAGGAGUGAUAUGAAGAAAUGGCCAGUGGUCAAGAAGGUGGAAGAUUUUCUUCUUAAAUGUGAUGUUCACAAAGAAGAAAACCUUGCAAGUUUUUGCAAAGACCAUAGCAAGCUGUGCUGCAAUACUUGUGCUUUCCAUAAUCACAGGCAAUGCAAAAUGGUGAUGCUUUUAACUGACUUGGUUAAAAAUACCUCCACAGACCUGAAACAAGUAUUAGUUACUAUCCAAACUACUGUGGCAGAACUGAAGAAGCUUCAAGACAAUCAGGAGGCUAGCAUUCAGUCUGUGCAAAGUUCAUAUGAUGAGCAGUUACACAAGAUACAGGUAACUCGGCAAAAAUUACUUGCAGCCUUAGACAUGCUUGAAAAGAAUACUCUGCAGGAAAUGAAAGAUACACUGACAAAACUGCAAGCCUCUCUAAAAAGUGAUGUUGACAAAUGUUCCACUCUUGGAAAUGAAUUAAAACAACUUAGAGACGCUAUUCAGGACAUAAGUGAUAAAAGCAAGCAAGAACUAUCUUUUAUAGCCAGCAUUAAAUGCAAGGACAAAAUACAGCAGUUUGAAAAAUAUCGCAAGGAUAACUUUGCUCAACUAAAAUCUUCUAUAACUUUCCAGCCUAAUAGUGAAAUAAUGCAGUACCUUUCCAAGUUGUCCGGUCUUGGGAAGAUUCAACACAAUGCCCAGACAUUGACUGCAGUGGGAAAUGCAGACCAAAUCAUAAGUAUUGAUCGAAAGUCUGAGUAUGAUGUAUGCGAAAAAAAGGGUGAUCCAACUUGCAAUAUCAAUGACAUAUGUGUUCUCCCUAGUGGACAAGUCCUUGUUAUAGACUACAGUAAUAACAAAGUCAAGCUGUUGAACAAGCAGUACCAGGUUGUGAGUCACUGUAGUGUAUCUGAUAGGAAUGUGGCCAUAUGUCUGAUCACACCAAGUGAGGUUGGUGUUACUGUUGGUGAUGAGGUCCAGUUUAUCAAAGUGAACAACAGCAGGCUGGUGAAAGACAGAAAGCUCAAGUUUCGACAUUACUGUUAUGGUAUUGCCUCACACCAGGGAGACCUGUUUGUAACCUCUGGUACUGAACUAUACAACUACUCGCUGGAUGGUAAACUAGUCAGCAAACUUCAUGAGAAUAAGUUAGAUACAUGUACAGUAUGGAGAUGUGCAGUGAGCCAGACAGGUGACAAGCUGUAUAUCACAAACUUAAUGCAGAACAAGCUCCUCACACUGGCCAGGGAUGGAUCAGUCCUUUCCAUCUUCACAGACCCUGAAUUGGAUUGGCCAUCUUGUGUACAUGUGACACCUGCAGGCCAGGUGCUGGUAUGUGGAGGGAAUACUAUCCUACAGAUUGACAGUAAGGGCAGUAGGAAGCUGGCCACUCUGGCUACACAGAAGGCAUUGUCAGUCUGCUACGACAGCAACACUGACUCCAUUAUUGUGGGAAUGAAUAACAACAACAAGAUCCUGGUGUACAAAGUGAAAUAGCUUAUCAUUUUUGUUUCUGAUGUGUAAUGAUAAGUGAUAUAAAUUACUAUAAAGUGAUAUAAAUUACUAUAGCUGUUAGUCAUUAAGUGCUAUGUUACACAUAUAUAUAUUUGAUGUGUAGUAAUAAGUCGAAAUAAAUGACAAUAGCUGUUUGUGUAAUAGUGUUAUGUUACAAUUGAAGAAUGAAUUUGAAGUGUACAUACUUAUUUUUUUCUUUAAAUAAUGUUAUUACGCAUGCUUUGUUUAGAAUGUGAUGUAUUAGAUUUGUAACAAUGUGUUGAUUGGUUCAUUUUUUGCUCUUUAAGUGGCUCUGAUAUAUUUAAGUCAAGGGAAUACUUAUGGAUCAAUAAUACUAGCGGAUAUUUUGUCAUUAAUAGAUAGUUUUCACAUUAAAACAACUUUGAAAUGCGUUGUUAUUGUUUUACAGCUUGUAAGAUUGUUUUCCAUCAUUUUGCGCUUUUCUUUGCUUAUCAUAAUUGUGUACCAAACCCCAAGUUGGUAGAGAAAAACAAGUUACUCUCUGUUUUGUAUGAUAUCAAGCGAGGCUAGAAUCAAAUGUUGGUGAAGCUUGCCAAACCUUAAGUUUAUUCUAACCAAGACUGAUAUAUUACAAUACGAUUAGGCAGUUAUCUGUUUUUCUGUUCAUCAUAACUUCGUCUCCAUUUUGAAAGAAAUAAUGACAUUAUCUCUGAAAUGCUGCAUUUUUUGCAGGAAUUAAUAUGAUUUUUGAUGUUUGACUACUUAAUAAUGACGUCAUGAACACUUGUGCUUAAUACUUGUAAAAUAUGUGUUUUGCUGUGUUUGUAAAUGUUUCUGUCAAAAAUAUAUGACAUCUUUGUAUCAAA